AUUCUACGGCUGGAAGUCGGUGUGGCGCUUGGCAGACGCUCCCUUGGCGGCUGUGGGGGCCGAGCUGUCUGGGAGCCCCGAGGGCCAGCCCCUCUCCUGGGCUGCUGCUGCCUCCUCCUCUUCCACCUCCUCCUCCUCCUCUUCUAACUCCUGUUUCUCCUCCCCGGGCUCGGGCCGCCCGCCCCCUAGUCUUGCUCGCGCCUCCGCCGCCACCGCACCAUGCACUGGAGUAGCCGCUAGCCGGGCCAGCCGGCGCGCCCCGUCCGGGAUGGGGCUGCAGGGCUCUUGACUUCCCAUUCGUCCCCCCGGGGCCAUCAGCCUUCCAAUCGAGCAUGGAGCCGCCCGCGGGCGGGAGCAGCGCUGGCCCCCCAGAGUCGCUGAUCCCCGGCCCCGCUGCCACCCCCGGCCCCGGCCCUGGCCCCAUCACGGCCAGCGCUGGCCCCGCUGCCGCCGCCGCUGCGGCCGCUCGGGACUCGGAGCGCCAGUUGCGGCUCCGUCUCUGCGUUCUCAACGAGAUUCUGGGCACUGAGCGGGACUACGUGGGCACCUUGCGCUUCUUGCAGUCGGCUUUUUUGCAUCGCAUCCGACAGAAUGUGGCCGAUUCAGCGGACAAGUGUAUUACGGAGGAGAAUGUCAAGAUUCUCUUUUCCAACAUUGAAGACAUCCUGGAGGUUCAUAAGGAAUUCUUGAAUGCCUUGGAAUUUUGUUUACAACCUGAGCCUCAGUCUCAGCAUGAACUUGGAAAUGUUUUCUUAAAAUUUAAGGACAAAUUCUGUGUUUAUGAAGAAUAUUGCAGCAAUCAUGAGAAGGCUUUGAGACUCUUGAUGGAACUGAAUAAGAUACCUGCCAUCCGAGCUUUCCUUUUGAGUUGUAUGCUUUUAGGCGGCCGAAAGACAACAGACAUACCCUUGGAGGGCUACCUGCUAACUCCAAUCCAGAGGAUUUGCAAGUACCCUCUGCUCCUCAAGGAACUGGCAAAGAGGACUCCAGGAAAGCACCCUGACCAUCCUGCCGUCCAGAGUGCCUUGCAAGCCAUGAAGACUGUCUGCACCAAUAUCAAUGAGACCAAGAGGCAGAUGGAAAAACUGGAGGCUCUGGAACAGCUGCAGUCCCACAUUGAAGGAUGGGAGGGCUCUAAUCUCACAGAUAUCUGCACCCAACUCCUCCUUCAGGGAACCUUGUUAAAAAUCUCUGCUGGCAACAUCCAGGAACGAGCCUUUUUCCUGUUUGACAACCUUCUGGUCUACUGCAAGAGGAAAUCCAGGGUCACAGGGGGAAAGAAGUCAGCCAAGAGGACCAAGUCUAUCAAUGGAUCUCUCUAUAUCUUCAGAGGUCGUAUCAACACAGAAGUCAUGGAGGUGGAGAAUGUGGAAGAUGGCACAGCGGAUUACCACAGUAAUGGCUACACUGUCACAAAUGGCUGGAAGAUCCAUAACACUGCCAAAAACAAAUGGUUUGUUUGUAUGGCAAAAACUGCAGAGGACAAACAGAAAUGGUUAGAUGCCAUCAUCAAAGAGCGUGAGCAGAGAGAAAGUCUCAAGCUCGGCAUGGAGAGGGAUGCCUACGUCAUGAUUGCUGAGAAGGGAGAGAAGCUCUACCAUAUGAUGAUGAGUAAAAAGGUUAACCUCAUCAAGGACCGGAGGAGGAAACUGAGCACCGUCCCCAAGUGUUUCCUUGGCAAUGAAUUUGUGGCUUGGCUCAUUGAGAUUGGAGAGAUAAGCAAAACAGAAGAAGGGGUCAACUUGGGCCAAGCCCUGCUGGAAAACGGAAUCAUCCAUCAUGUUUCAGAUAAGCAUCAGUUUAAGAAUGAACAAGUGAUGUACAGGUUCCGGUAUGACGAUGGUACAUACAAACCAAGAAGUGAGCUGGAGGACAUCAUGUCUAAGGGUGUGAGACUUUACUGCCGGCUGCAUAGCCUUUUCAUUCCGGUGAUCAAAGACAGAGACUACCACUUGAAGACCUACAAAUCUGUGAUUCCUGGGAGCAAACUCGUAGACUGGCUGCUUGCUCAGGGAGACUGUCAGACGAGGGAGGAAGCUGUGGCAUUGGGAGUUGGACUGUGUAACAAUGGCUUCAUGCACCAUGUCCUAGAGAAGAGCGAGUUCAAAGAUGAGUCCCAGUACUUCCGCUUUCAUGCCGAUGAGGAGAUGGAAGGGACAAGCUCCAAGAAUAAGCUCCUUCGAAACGACUUCAAGCUGGUGGAGAACAUUCUGGCCAGGAGUCUUCUGAUAUUACCUCAAGAGGAUGAUUAUGGCUUUGACAUAGAAGAAAAGAACAAGGUGAUUGUGGUGAAGUCGGUCCAGCGAGGAUCAUUGGCUGAGAUGGCUGGCCUGCAAGUAGGAAGGAAGAUCUAUUCCAUCAAUGAGGACCUUGUAUUUCUACGACCUUUUUCAGAGGUGGACGCCAUCCUCAACCAGUCAUUCUGUUCUCGUCGGCCCCUGCGCCUCCUUGUGGCCAGCAAGGCCAAAGAAAUCAUCAAAGUCCCUGAUCAUCCUGAAACCCUUUGCUUCCAGAUUCGGGGAACUUCCCCACCUUAUGUCCAUGCUGUGGGAAGAGGCUCAGAGGCUGCCGCAGUGGGACUGAAUGCUGGCCAGUGCAUUUUGAAAGUCAAUGGGAACAACGUGGUGAAUGAGAGCUUUGUAGAUGUGUUGGACCACUUCCUGGCCUACCGAAGCCGGCCACAGGAGGCACUGGGUCUUUACCAGUGGAUCUACCGCACUCAUGAAGAUGCUGAAGAGGCUCGAGCCCAGCAGUGGGCCCCUGGCAGCUACCUCAAUGGCAGCCUUGAUGAGUCUGGGGGAGCCCUGGAAGGAGGCCAGGAUGAUGAAGAUUUCUCUUUGCAGCCUAUGGGUCCCCAGCUGCCCAUCCCUGAGGGCAGCCCUUUGAUCAACCUGACUGUGGAAAAUGUCCACUUGGAACAUGGUGUAGUGUAUGAAUACGUCAGCACAGCUGGGAUCAAGUGCUUUGUUCUAGAGAAGAUUGUGGAACCCAAGGGCUGCUUUGCUCUCACUGCCAAGAUCCUGGAGGCCUUUGCCGCAGAUGACAGCCUCUUUGUGCAGAACUGCGGGCGCCUCAUCUCCCUGAGCAGCACUGUGGCCACCAUGCCUCAGUACGAGUUCCGGAACAUCUGUGAAACCAAACUGGAACGCAUCACCAGGAGGAUUGCCAACUAUCAGGAGUUUGCAGAAAAGCUGAAGACCCGGGUAAGCCCUGCCUUCAAGCAAGCCUCCUUGGAACCUCAUGCCCUCUGCAGCCUGGACUUUUGCCCCACCAACUGCCAUGUGAAUCUCAUGGAAGUGUCGUACCCCAAGAACACUACCUCAGUGGGGAGGUCAUUCAGUAUCCGAUUUGGGCGGAAACCCUCUCUGAUUGGCCUCGAUCCUGAACAAGGUCACAUAAACCCAAUGUCCUAUACCCAGCACUGUAUCACCACCAUGGCUGCCCCAUCCUGGAAGUGCCUUCCCCAGGAGGAUGGGGAGCCUCAUGAACGGAACCUUAUGGAUAGUACCAUCAACCCGCAGAAUGGGGGGCCCAUCCAAGAAGACCGAGGCUUGAGUUUCCUGCUAAAGCAAGAGGACCGGGAAAUCCAGGAUGCCUAUCUACAACUCUUCAACAAGCUGGAUGUGGCCGUGAAGGAAAUGAAGCAAUACGUCAUGCAGAUAAACAAGCUACUGUCCACCAUCACAGAACCAACGGGUGAUGGGUCCUGUGAACCUCCCUCCACUGAAGAGGUCUCCCCUUCUCCGCUGGUGAGUGAGGACAGUGAGAUCGACAAAGCAGACCAUGGUGGCAUCAAGAAGGUGUGUUUCAAAGUGUCAGAAGAGGACCAGGAGGAUUCAGGACAUGACACAAUGAGCUAUCGAGAUUCCUACAGUGAGUGCAAUAGUAACCGAGACUCGGUCCUCUCUUAUACCAGUGUCCGCAGUAACAGCUCUUAUCUGGGCAGUGAUGAGAUGGGAUCUGGAGAUGAGUUACCUUGUGACAUGAGGAUCCCAUCCGAUAAGCAGGACAAACUCCAUGGAUGCUUGGAGCACCUAUUUAAUCAGGUUGACUCCAUCAAUGCACUCUUAAAAGGGUCUGUCAUGAGCAAAGCCUUUGAGGAAACGAAGCAUUUCCCCAUGGAACACAGCUUGCAAGACUUUAAACAGAAGGAAGAAUGUCCGAUCCGGGGCCGGAGCAUGAUCCAGAUAAGCAUUCAGGAAGACCCUUGGAACCUUCCCAACUCGAUCAAGUCCUUGGUGGACAACAUCCAGAAAUAUGUGGAAGAUGGGAAGAAUCAGGUGUUACUGGCUUUGCUCAAAUGCACAGACACGGAGCUACAGCUAAGGCGAGAUGUCAUCUUCUGCCAGUCUCUGGUGGCGGCCAUCUGUACUUUCUCUGACCAGCUGCUUGCGGCCUUAAGCUACCGAUACAACAACAAUGGUGAAUACGAAGAAAGUAGCCGAGAUGCCAGUCGCAAGUGGCUGGAACAGAUAGCGGCCACAGGGGUCCUGUUUCACUACCAGUCGUUGCUGUCCCCCAGUGUGAAGGAAGAACGCGCCAUGCUGGAGGACAUCCGGGUUACUCUUUCAGAGCUGGACAAUGUCACCUUCUCCUUUAAACAGCUGGAUGAGAAUUUUGUCACCAAUGCACAUGUCUUUUAUCAUAUUGAGGGCAGCCGCCAGGCCUUGAAGGUCAUUUUUUACCUCGACAGCUAUCAUUUCUCCAAACUGCCCACCCGGCUAGAGAAUGGGGGCAGUUUGAAACUCCAUACAGUCCUUUUCACUAAAGCUCUGGAAAAUCUGGAAGGGCAGUUACAAGCAGGAGGUUCAACCACCUCCCUCCUGGAGGAGAUGCAGCAGGAGAUCAAUGCACAGUCCUUGGAGAAAGUCCAGCACUAUUACCGACGGCUCAGGACAUUUUACCUUGAAAGGUCCAACCUGCCCACAGAUGCCAGUGCAACUGCAGUGAAAAUUGAUCAGCUGAUCCGUCCCAUCAAUGCCAUGGAUGAGCUCUGCCGCCUGAUGAAAUCCUUUGUCCACUCAAAGCCUGGCACCAGUGUGCCCAGUGCAGGCCUGCUGCCCAUCUCUUCUGAGCUCUGCUACCGCCUGGGUGCCUGUCAGAUCACCAUGUGUGGCACUGGCAUGCAGAGGAGUACCCUGAGUGUCUCCCUGGAGCAGGCAGCCAUUCUGGCUCGGAGCCAUGGGCUACUCCCCAAGUGCAUCAUGCAGGCAACAGACAUCAUGAGGAAGCAGGGGCCCCGGGUGGAAAUCCUAGCAAAAAACCUCCGAGUCAAGGAUCAGAUGCCUCAGGGAGCACCUCGGAUCUAUCAGCUGUGUCAGCCACCUGUGGAUGGAGACUUGUAAAUAAGGAAGGACAAGAACCCUUGUUUGGUUGGAGACCCUGGCAGUGUUGAGCAGAGAGCCAGCCCUCAGGACCCUUGGUGUACCUCACUCCCCCACUGGCCAGUGGCACAGGAGAUGAGAGCCUGUUGCCAAGAUCCUUUUCCUCAGACAGCCCAGACUACUUGAAAGUUGUCCAGUCCCCCUCCUCAUCCCAGAAUGGCCCUUCCAUGCCUGACCUUCUCUCCCCCCGUACACACGUGUAUGUGUGAGGCCAUUGCUUCCUCUUAGUCAUAGGUGGGUGGGAGAGAUUGCAGACCUGGCAAGAACGACAGGUAUUGGAACUGGAUGUCUCGAGCCAGGUGCCUGUGAAGGAUAGUGGUUAGUUGGUGCAGUGGAGAAGCAGGGCCUGGUCAUGCCACUGACCAGUCGUCUCCGAUGUGAUUGCUGUCUCCAGCCCCCUUGUAACCGUGAGCUCCUCAUAUCUGUGGAGCUGUCAGGAUCGUUGGACCAGUGGCUCGGAGUCAUCGGACCCCUCUUGCAACACACCACUUUCUAAAUUGAUCGAUCUGCACUUUUGAAACCCAUGUCUGGCACAAAUCUUGGGUUUCCUUCCAAUAUGAAAAGAAAUAUUUAUUCCGGAGCUCUGCACCAGCACAGAUCCCCCAGAAAGAAGCUCUUCCCACGCCUAGAGCUUAGUAUACAUUCCGCAGUCACUGCUUGUCAUGGGUCUCCUUUCCUUAGUGUUCAGGGCUAGGCAUUAACCCUUACUGAUGCUGUCUCUUAUCUUUUGCAAAACCAGUCCUGAUUGGCCUGGUUGGCAUUAACAAGCCACUGAAACGAGGAUGGAUACCGAGGCCACUCGAUAGUCUGGUCCAUUGUACUGUGCCCAUUUCCCCUAUAAUGGCAGAAGAACUAUGUUGUACCUAUUUAUGUGGAAUGACAUUUCUGGGUUUUGGGGUGUGUUUUUUUUUUAAUCGUGUGAUUAUAUAUUUGAGAUUUUAAAUUUUAAAGAAAGAUAUAUUGUUUAACAUGGGACCAACAUGAUGUAGCUUUCACAUUUCCCACUUCUACUAAAAACAAAACUAAGCGAUUUGAAAAUGAAGAAUGUUUUACUUUUUAAUACUAGGACUUUAGGAAGACAGAGUUUAAUGGGAAGGAGAAAAAGCAUCAGUGCCUCAAAUGGAUUUCUCUCUCACUUUCCCUAUAUCAAAAUGGUUUCAGUUUAUCAGUAUUAGAUAGAAGGGCACAGAUUUAUUUAAAAGGCAAAAAAUGGAUUGAGCAACGCCCAGAGUAUCAGCUGUGUGCCUCUGGGAGCACUGUGAUAGGUGAGAUUCAGGCAUCCUUUCAGCACGUAGAGGGCAUGCUCCCACCCCCUCCAAUUUGUCUUCUUCAAACCAUAUGCUCCUCUUCCUAACACCUCAGCCCUGGUCAGGCCAUAAAGCAGAAGAAGAAAAGGUGUUUGGGAGGAUGAAGGCUUCCUAGGUGCUCGUUUUUAUUUAUUUUGAUUUUGAAUUUUCCUUGAGCAAGGUAUUGGAGGCCCUUGGUUCAGCCAGCCAGCCAGGAGGGCCCCCAGACGCCCACUCUCCUUAUUGCUCCCACAGCUGCCUCCCCACCUUCCAGAGAGCUUGCUCCAAACCUGGGGCAGACUGGCUCCACGGAGGCCUCGACAAGUCUCUCUUAAUAACUUCUUGUGCAAGGUGUGCGACGUGCAGAGACUGAGAAAUAAGGAAAAGUAAACUUUCCGUUUCUUUAGCCUUUGGCCAAGAGGAACGCUGACUGGUCUGGAGGUUGUCCAUGCUUCCUGUCAGAUAUUCUGACACACACACACACACCCAGCAUUGCCUGGAAGAUGUACAGAUUCCUGACUUUUCUUGAUGCUGUCUUGAUGGGGUGAAGAUUGGGAGAAGCCUUCUUUUUCCAGCUCUCACUUGGGAAAUAAGAGAUGGCUCUUUCUCCAGAGAGAGAGAGAGACGAGUCUUCCCAGCACAGUGAGAACUCCUGGGGUGUGUGUGUGUGUGUUUGGGGUAGGGUCGAGGAGGAUCUUUUGGCCUCUGGACUGGGAGCAGAGGUUGGCUCUCAAGAACACAAGCCCUGUGCACUGGUUUACAUGGAAAUGUACAUAAUAUUCUCAUUAAAUUCCUGAUAGAUUUUUUUAUUAUUAAAGGUUGGUUUAUAUUAUAAGAAA